ACACACAUAAACAACUGAAUCGACUGCCUGUUAAUUCUGUGAAUGAACUGAAGAAAUCCAUAUUGGUUUAUUCUUUUUCAUCAAGUGGACUGACGAAUUUCAGACCAGAUUCAAUCCCGUCGUCUGCAUAGGCCGACAACCGUGAUUGGUAACUUUCGUCAGUUUAUCACGUAACCAUAUACGUAUUGUUUUGUAGAAUUAAAGAUAACUAAACAGCAGUUUCAACCGCGGUUUACUUUUCGGUGUUUGCGUCGUAUUUCAAAAUGCAUUUAAAUGCCUUACAUCAUGUUGAGUUGUGUGUCGCAAACGGAAGGAAGAUCGUUUCCUACUUUACUGACAAACUUGGCUUUUCGCUGAGAGCACGGAGAGAUACAUUGCUGAGCAGCCAGUGGGUAGUUGGAAGUCAGAAAUCUACAUUUGUCGUAACGGAAAGGAAAAAACUUAGCAGCAAGCAGUUCGUGCCAUUUUCUUAUUUCCAAACACCUGUUCAUGAGGUUGACACAGUGUUCAAUGUUGCCUUGGAAGUGAAAAAUUUGGAAGGUGUCACCGACAGGAUGCAGAAAUUUGGAGGACAACUAUUUCAUCCUGUCACAGAAGUGGAAGAUAAAAAAGGAAAAGUGAGGUACUCAAUUGUUGGUUCCUGUUGUGGCAACAUAAUCCACACACUUUUGGACAAAUCUCAGUACAAGGGAUCAUUCCUCCCCACAUUUAAUUAUGAAUCUGAAGAAGAUAGCAAAAUUCAGGGUGAAGAACCAUUCACACAUGUUGAUCAUUUGACUUAUGUGUGCUAUCCUGGUGAAUCGCCGGGUAUCAUUCAGUGGUAUCAAGACUGCUUGGGCAUGCAAAAGUUCAGAGCCAAUCCAACUGAAAAUCUGAAAGAAGGCUUAGUAAUCAAAGACGGAGUUGGUAUGAGACUACGAGUGAUGGACUAUUGGCCCUGUGCUGAAUCUGGCGUUUGUAAUUCAAAUCCCGAUGGCAUGGAUGAAACAUCGUUGAAAAUUGUUAUCGCAGAAUCUCUCCCAGGAAUAGAGAAUUCGCACAUUGGCGCCUUCCUUGGCGGUCACGGAGGACCAGGUCUUCAACACAUCGGUCUCAGCUCCCUUGAUAUCACCAGCUGCGUGAGUGCCAUGAUCCGCAAACAGGUUCCAUUUCGAACACCGCCUGCAGCUUAUUACCGCAAUGAAUUUAAAAGGAAAGAAAUCCAAGAGGCUGGUUUCGACAUCGAAGAAUUUCAGCGGUUAGGAAUUCUCAUCGACUCCGAGGCGGAUAUCCGCGAUGAAGUGCAGGACAACAGGUUUCUUUUGCAAAUCUUCACGCUCCCACUGUUCAACGAAGAAACAUUUUUCAUGGAAGUGGUGCAGAGAAAAGGAGCGAGGGGUUUUGGUGCCGGCAACGUAACGGCACUGGCCCGAUCGAUCGAAGAAGAGCGGCAGAUUAUUAUUAAGAACCAAUCUAUCGCCCAAGUUUAAAUAUCUUUGUGAUUUGAAUGGACACAACUUGUUGACUUUGAGAUUUCCGAAGCUGAAUAUAGACGAAAUAAACUUUCUUUGUUGCCAA